AUGAAGAUAUUCGCGCUGCCCAUUGUGGCGCUUGCCAGCAUCCUGUCGAUAACUGCCGACAGUGGAACGUGCAGUGGACCACAAGCUCGGUUCAAACCGCCGCCUGGUGCAAUCGUUGUCGAUGCGAAGGGUGAUCCCAAGCACGACCAAGGCAGCUACCGGACGAUGAAGGAGGGCUUUGCAAAACUUGAUGUCCGUACGGAUAAAGAGCAGACGAUCUUUAUCUUUCCGGGAGUCUACAAGGAGCAGGUGGUCGUUCCGCCUCUCAAAGACGCUCUCGUGAUCCAAGGCGCCACGUGCGAUGCGACGUCGUACGUCAAGAACGAGGCGACGAUUACGCACGCGAUGGCGCGGAAGGACCUACCUCCUGAUGUGACUGGUGAUCACAAUGCAAUGACCAGCACAAUGCGGUUCGAGUCCAACAACGUGAAGGUUUACAAUCUCAACAUCGCCAAUACGGCAGGCAAUGUGGGACAGGCCGUCGCUGCUACCGUCGACGCCACAAACUGCAGCUUCUACGGCUGCAGCUUCACCGGAUAUCAAGACACUUUGUUCGUAACGGGGCACACCCUUGCGUAA